AUGGCAACUGCCACGCAAAUCACAAAGAAGAAGAAGGCCGUACUUGAUGGAGUCUUCAAGGCUGAGCUUAACAACUUCCUCAUGAAGGAGCUCGCUGAAGAUGGUUACUCCGGAGUCGAAGUCCGCCGUACCCCAGCUCGCGCUGAAGUCAUCAUCAUGGCUACUCGCACCCAAUCCGUUCUCGGAGAGCGUGGACGCCGUAUUAAGGAGCUUACCUCCGUUGUCCAAAAGCGUUUCGGAUUCGAGGAAGGAAGCGUCGAGCUUUACGCCGAAAAGGUUUCCAACCGCGGUCUCUGCGCUGUUGCUCAAUGCGAAUCUCUCCGUUACAAACUUGUCGGAGGUCUUGCCGUCCGUCGUGCUUGCUACGGAGUUCUUCGUUUCAUUAUGGAGUCCGAAGCUCAAGGUUGCGAAGUUAUCGUCUCCGGAAAGCUCCGUGGUCAACGUGCUAAGGCUAUGAAAUUCGUUGAUGGACUUAUGAUUCACUCUGGUAACCCAGUCAACGACUACAUCCAACAAGCCGUCAGACACGUUCAACUCCGUCAAGGAGUUAUCGGUAUCAAGGUUAAGAUCAUGCUUCCCCACGAUCCUCGCGGACAAAUGGGACCUAAGCUUGCUCUUCCUGAUCACGUCCAGAUUCUUGAGCCACUCCCAGAAGUUAACCCAUCUGAGCCAAGAUCCGAGCAUAUGCAAGAGAAGAAGGACAUCGUUACCGUAUUACCACCUCAACAAGUUCAAAUCUAA